UAUUUGACUGGUUAGUCACUUUUAUCAACAACAGCAUGUCUGCAGACAGUUCCAUGUGGUGCAACUUUAUUGGUCUGCUGGAUGUGUAUGGUUUCGAAUGCUUCCUCCUGAAUAACCUGGAGCAGCUGUGUAUUAAUUACGCUAACGAGAAGCUACAGCAGCACUUCGUGGCUCAUUAUCUGAAGGCCCAGCAGGAGGAGUAUGUGAGUGAGGGGCUGCAGUGGUCUUUCAUUCGUUACCAAGACAACCAGGGCUGCCUGGACCUGAUUGAAGGCAGUCCCUCCAGCAUCAUCUCUCUGCUCAAUGAGGAGUGUCGACUGAACAGAGCAUCGGAUGCAAAGAAGUUUCGUGUGCGUCUGGAGAAGGAGCUGUCAGAUAAUGCCAACAUCAGCUGGGACAAGUUCAGCAAAGAGCCCCAUUUCACUGUGGCCCACUACGCUGGCAGAGUCAGCUACCAGAUUGAGGGCAUGAUGGAGAAGAACAAGGACCCAGUUCCCCCUGAGCUCAUCUGUCUUCUACAAAAGUCCCAAGAUUCAUUGCUGAACAGCCUCUUUGCGGAUGGUGACCGUGAGAGCGAGGGGUCUCGGGGACACAGUAAAGUGGUCACUGUUGUGUCCAAAUUUAAGAAUUCACUGGAAAGCCUGAUGAAGAUUUUGCACAGCACCACUCCACACUACACACGCUGCAUUAAACCAAACCCGGACUGCAGACCACUCACUUUCCAAAAGGAAGAGGUCAUCGCUCAGCUUGAAGCCUGUGGGAUUGUGGAGACCAUAAACAUCAGUGCAGCGGGUUUUCCCAUCAGGAUCCCAAAUGACAGCUUCUUCCAAAGAUAUGGGCUGAUUGCAAACAACAGACUAGCAGCAAAGAAGAAAACACUUAAAUUAAUAUGAAUCUGAAUUGCUCAG